AUGAGGUCACUCGGAAAUUCUAGUUUUGAGCAAUAUGGAAUUCCCGUCGCUUAUAACGGGUCGUUGGGUGUGCCGACAUUGUUGGCCAGUUUUAAUGAUACGCUUUCUGGUCGUAUUUUUAAAAGUAUGGUGCCUGAUGCUGGCUUUCUGUAUGCAAAAAAAAUAGGUGCAAACGGUCCCGUGAUCUGGAAACGAUGUUCCACAGCCGUCGAAGAUGGAAUUGUCGAUUGCUCUAAUAAUGGGACAUUUGCUCUUAGUAAUGGUGCCCAAAUACAAGAUUUUAAAAUAUUUAGCACAGUCGAUGGUAGCUUUAGUUUUGUAUUCGCUACACAGACUCUGAAUGAGUAUGGUGCAAACAUCAAUAACAAGGAACUAGUGAUAAUGUUUCUCGAUCCAGACUCUAAUCAAGUUACCAAACCAACUACUAUAUACACGAGCCCACCAGGUGUAGACCAAAUAACCAUUGGUGACUGUGGUUUGUCGUUUGGCGGAUACGGCUACACUUGUCUAUUGUUGAUUUCGACGGGUCGGAAUCAGAUACUGCAUCAAGUGGAUUUUCAUUCAACUCGGCCUGGAGUUAGCGACGUCGACUUGAAGACUGCUUCCAAGGAUAUUGUUGGUCUUGACAGAAUAAAAUUUUUGUUUGACGGAGGAUACUUGUUACUUUAUAAUUUUGCAAAAGAUGGAGAGACUUUUAUCAAAAGAGCAAGAAUGAUUGACCCAGACGGUCAAUCAGUACAAACGAUACCAUUCGCUCAGCCGGUAACAAAGCUACAUGUCUAUCCAAGAAGCAAUACCGUCUGGUAUUGGGAGAGUAACUCGACACAAUCGUGGUCUAUUAUAUCUCACGAUUUACCCAAAUAUACGAAAUAUGAUGCCAACUACCAAAGCCCAAAUGUAAUAACAACAACGCCUGUAAUUGACAGUGAAAUUGCGAUUCGCAGCACCACUCUAGACAUUACGUACAACAUACAGGUCAAACCGGCCACGGGAAACGUUACGAUAUACGCGACUGACGGUGUAAAGAAAUACUUUCGUCAGUCGUAUUCGCCAAUAUUUUCCCAAUACUGUCAAUCAGGCGAGCGCAAUCAAACGCUGACCUUGGAUGUAUUGACCAGCACUUUCAAUCAACCAAACAUGACCUAUUACGUGGUAUUGGACAAUGGGUUUGUAGAAUCAAUGCAAGAUGGCGAACCGAUUCUUGGAAUUUCUGACGGGAAAUGGAAAUUCCGAACAGCUCCGAUACCGCCCAACGAUGUUUACGUGCCCUUUGGUAUAGCAACCGUCUGCCUAAACUCUGUAGGCACUUUUCGCUUUCUGCAGUUUUCCAAAUCCGAACGAUCGGCAUUUCUUUCUUCACUCAGCAACACCCUAGCAUCUAUUGUUCCGAUAUCUUCAUCACGGUUAUCGAUUUUCGAGAAAUUCCGAGUGCAAUCUGUCAGCGGUCAGAAACAAGUGUUGCUGUCGAUUCGAGUCGGUGCUGCCACGAGUGAUAUGGAUAUGGGCGCGAAUUCGGUGAUUGAUUACUUGAACGUCUUGAUCAAGAAUAAGGGCAUUACGGCAGUUUCUCGGUUCCCGGAAACCAUGCUCUUGGACGAAGAUUUCGGUGCUCGUAUUGAACCAAACAUUUGGAACGAAUAUAAACGGAAUAUAAUAAUUGCGGCAGCUGCGAUGCUACUGAUCGGACUAUUUUAUCUUUUGGCCCGUCGUCUUAACCCAGAGGCCAAUAAUGCGGCUAUUUUUACUCUUGUGCUGGCAAUGUAUGAUGUUGUGAUUGACGUUGUAUUCAUUGUACGAAAUGGUCAAGAUGUGCGAUCAUUAUAUAUACCAAGUAUUCUUGUUUUCGUGUUUGCAAUACUUUUUAACACAACCAUCGCCGUCUAUAUCAUGAUCACUGAGAAUAUGCGGUCUUAUAAAUUUCAUGUCUGGACCCAAUCGUGCGCAAAGAGUGCUGCCGUCUUUACCGUUCUGGCCGCGUCAAAUAUUGAGGUUUUGACCGUGACGUACAGUGGCUUGGUCAAAUCAGAAUAUUUUUCUGCGCCCUUUAGUGAGCAAAGCAUAAAGAUAAUUUUUUGGGCGAGCACUGCAAGUUUUUUCUUGGAAGAUGUGAUGCAGUUUAUUAUUCAG